AUGGCUCUGGAGCAGUGGGAUUCCCCGACGAUGUGGGUUUUUCCCGACUAUAUGGUCAUCUGCGGCGGCAUAACGCUACUCAAGGGCACUCGGCCAGUACCUCUAGGAAAGCCCGGCAGGAAACGCAAAGCAUGCAACACAUGUGCCCAGGCUCGCGUAGCGUGCGACGGCGAAUGUCCAUGCGAAACCUGUCUUCACAAACGGCUAGAUUGCUCAUAUACCUCUGCGCAGAAGUUGUCUGCCAGUUCUUGUAACGAGCAAACAGACACAAUGGAAGAAUCAGAGACGUCAAACCCCCAGCGGAUCCCAAUCUCCUUCCUCUUGGACUACACAAACCCCACAAUUCGAUCAGCGUACGACUUCCACCACAUGCUUGCCGAGCACAAUGCGAGAAUACCAAAAACCGCGAACCAGGAGCGUCGCGGCAGCGUGAUGGCGUCCGACCAAGUCGUCGACGCCUGGCCGUUCCUCUUCUAUGCUUUCAUCGAUUCCGCCGCCGUGGACCCGCCCAUCCAGCCAUCGAGCCUCAUGUACGGCACGGACGAAGAUGCACGACUAGCAGAGACGAUUGACCGGCUUAUCGUCCAUUUGGAACAGUCUCCAGCCCCAAAUGCAGGAAGGAAAUUCAGCCGAGCAAGGGCUCGAUUGUUUUUCUCCAAGGACAACAUUAUCCGGUUUGUCAAUGCGUUUUUUGACAUAGUCUACAACAGCAAUCCGAUUAUCUACAGAGCUUCGUUCAAUAUAAACACCACGUCUCUUAACCUGGUCCUAGCAGUCUUGCUUAUUGGCGCGACGUGCCUCUCCCCAGAAGACGCUGGCGCUGCAGAGGAGUUCUACCACGCGACUGAAUAUUGCAUCUUUGAGGGUACUGAAUUUCGGCGUAUUCUAUACGAGGAAGAGAAUCCGUUCCCUUCGGCGGACAAUAUCCAGCUGAUCCAGGCAUCGAUCUUGAUCAUGUUACAGGGUUUCAAGGGCCCACUGGAGGUCAGGAGACGGGUUCGAACACAGCGAUUUGCAGCAUUAGUGUCCAUCGUUCGAUUGCUGGGCAUGACCAAGGCUGUCAACGACACCGUCCUUGAUGAUGAAAUGUCAAAUCUGCGGGAAUAUAUCCACAAGGAGACGCUUGUGAGGUUGGUCGUCACCGUCCCACACUACAUCAAUCUACUGCAAUCCGUUGACUGA